UUGGUGAGUUUGCAAGUUCUGUGAAAUUGUAAACCUAGCUUCAUUUUCUUAAGUAGUAAGCCCCCGACGAACAACAAUGGUGCCCCGUCACAUGAUCCACUGGCGGGUCUAUGUCUACAACAAUGGCUUGUAUUCCUUGCCCGGUUUGGAAACACGCGGAUUUCGUGAGUACUCGCCGCGGUACUUCAGUCACAAUCCCUUUGAGCUGCACAGGGUCAUGGACUUUGUCAAUCGGGAUAUAUCCAUCUUGAUGAGGGCCAGCAAGGGCUCCGUGCUGAAUAUUUACGAGACCAUUGUGAGUCUGAUCACGCGGGUGAGCAUCAAGAGCUCGGAAUUCUACAAUGCUCUGGAGAGCUACUUUGGUCCCAAGACCAAUCAAUUUAUCCACGAGCUGAUCAACUUUGCCCGCUCGCCGUACGACAGCCUCAUGUCCUACGAGUGCAAUGUCCAGUACAAGUUCCUUCCUGAGGAUGAGGAUGGCCCGAGUACCUCGGCAGCGGCGAAGGAGCGCCAGAAACUGCCUCCGACCUUUUUGAACUUUGUCGAAUUUUCGCGUUGCGUUAAUCCCGACGACUGCUCCAUCUUUGGAGCGGAACUUAUGUUGGAGGACGAGGAUGCCUGGGAACUGGAUGCAUUGCUCAUGGAUUAUUUUAAUCGUAUGCUGUUCGGAGAGAUGGAAGACACCAUUGUUGGCGGAAUACCACUUACGCCAACUACGCCACCAGCAGAAGGAACAAAUCAGACCUCUGUAUCGAAUCCAGCAGGAAUAUCAUCUCCGCGACUAGAACCGCCGCCGGCGACCCAGCAGCCAUCUACUGAACAGCAACAGCAACCACAGCCACCGCAAUCCAAUUCACAGGCUCGGCAGACACCUAUUACGUUGCCGGCCUUGCAUGGCGAUAGAACUUGGAUACCACGUGCAACAGCAAACAGUGUGCCAGGGAAUGACCUAGACCUGGAAUUGGCCAUCGAGCGCAGCCUGUUCGAUACAGGUGGUGCCAAUAGGGACCUUGGCUUACUGCACGGAGGGCGUUCCUUUAUGUUGCCAAAUCAGUUGCCACGCGGUGUGUCAAUCGUAGCGGGAGCCGCAUCCGGAGGCGGAGUUGUGCCGCCCAAUCCUCUUACAUCGUCAAGAAGACCCGCCACUUCGUCGGUUUUGAUCCAAAACAUUCUAUCGGCGAGUGCAGCCCAGCGUGCCGCUCGUCGUCGUCGCAAUGCCGCCAUUCGCUCUCGCCAAUCCAACCUCUAGGACCAGGACCGUUCGGCCAUAAUUUGUUUCCAGCUAAGACUUUAUUCUUUUUAAGUUCUCAUUUAUAAUACAGCAGCCGAGUAAUGCUCUCCAAAGGGUUCAAAACAAUGCAAAAAAGACAUCAAAAAUUGAUAAUGCCAAUGGUAUUGGAUAACUGAAAAGGGAUUGCCCAUCAAUAAGGACAUGCCGUGGAAAUUGCGUGCCAAAUAUGCCUUUAGCGCAUACUUUCCUUUGUCUUAAUUUCGUCAGAAAAGGUAGCACGGCUACUGUCGUGGCCGUAUCCCCCGCCAGGUCCAUAUCCUGCGCUUUCCCACUCCCCAUCCCCUGUCACAUGGCUGCGGACCCCGAUGGUUGGCAGCGCAUGAAAAAUUGAAUUACACGCACUUUUGCGCAUAAACGAGAGCUAAAAUAAUAAAAUA